UACCAGUAUCAAAAGAUCCAAACAGUAAUAUUUUAAAAAAAAAAGACCCCCGGGAUAGCCUUGCCGUUACAAAAGGUUCAAUUCAAAUAUGACCGUUACAUACCCUACGGUAUUAAAAUUUCUCACAGAAACUUUCCCCAAAUUCCAUUAUCCAUCAGCCACCGGAGAUGAGAGAAGAGGAACAACAGCAACCACAACCACAGUUGGGAAUGGCGGAGGAGCUACUUCAGCAGCUGAGAUCCAAAGCCACAGAGCUCUUGCUCAGAGAAGAAUGGGUGGAGUCUAUAAUUGCCUACUCUCAAUUCAUCACACUCUCCCAAGACAAAAUCUCAAAGAGCCCUGAAAACCCAGAUCCGGAUUUCCUCCCCAAGCUGAAGAAAUCCCUUUGCUUAGCCCUCUCAAACAGAGCCGAAGCACGUUCCAGGUUGCGGGAAUUUUCCCAAGCUUUGGAAGAUUGUGACCAAGCAUUGAAAAUAGAGAGUGCCCAUUUCAAGACCCUUGUUUGCAAAGGGAAGAUCUUGCUGAAUCUCAAUAGGUACUCCAUGGCCAUGGAGUGCUUCAAAAAGGCCCAACUUGAUCCUCAAGCUUGUGGGAAUUCUGAAACCCUUAAUGGGUACUUGGAGAAAUGCAAGAAGCUCGAGUUUCUAUCAAGAACUGGAGCAUUCGAUCUCUCCGAUUGGGUUGUCAAUGGAUUUCGCGGAAAGCCACCGGAACUUGCUGAGUAUGUCGGCGCGAUUCAGAUAAAGAAAUCCAACAUCAGUGGGCGUGGAUUAUUCAUAACAAAGAACAUCGACGCUGGGACUCUGCUGUUUGUCACCAAGGCAGUAGCCACAGAAAGGGGAAUUUUGCCAGGCCAAGAUUUGGGAGAGAAUGCUCAACUGGUGAUGUGGAAGAACUUUAUUGAAAAAGUUAUGGAAUCAAUAACUAAAUGUCCUAGAACCCGUAGUUUAGUUAGCACAUUAUCGUCCGGGGAAGACGAAAACGGUCUUGAUGUCCCUGAGAUGAGUCUCUUUAGGCCAGAGACAGAGGAGAUCAACCACAACCCAUAUGAGAAGCUUGACAAGAACAGGGUUUUAAGCAUCUUGGAUGUCAAUUCGCUUGUUGAAGAUGCAAUUUCAGCUAAAGUUUUGGGGAAAAACAGCGAUUAUUACGGUGUUGGUUUAUGGGUUCUUGCUUCUUUCAUCAACCAUUCAUGCAUUCCAAAUGCAAGACGGUUACAUGUUGGAGAUCAUGUAAUGGUGCAUGCUUCUAGAGACCUCAAAGCCGGUGAGGAAAUCACAUUGCCAUAUUUCGAUGUUCUUUCUCCAUUGAACAAACGCAAAGAGAUGUCAAAGACAUGGGAUUUCGACUGUAGUUGCAAAAGGUGCAAGUUUGAAGGCGAACUUUCUUCCAAACAAGACUUGAGGGAAAUUGAGAUCGGUCUCGAAAGAGGGAUGGAUGUGGGUGGUGCAGUUUAUAGGUUGGAGGAAGGAAUGAGAAGAUGGAUGAUGAGGGGCAAAGAAAAAGGGUAUUUGAGGGCAUCAUUUUGGGCUGCAUUUUAUGAGGCUUGUAGCUCAGAGAAAGCAGUAAAGAAUUGGGGAAGAAGAAUUCCUCCUUUGGAUUCAGUGGCUGAUAGCAUUGCAGAAGCUGUGGGUAGUGAUGAAAGAUUAUUGAAGAUCUUGUUUGCAAAUUUGAAGAAAAAUGGUAAUGGAGUGGUGGCUUUGGAAAGGGCUUUGAAAAUGUGGAGAGGAGUGUACGGGAAGAUUGUGAAAAAGCAAGCUAUGAGGUCUUUCCUAGAUCUUGGUAAUUAUGAACAAAGCUAUUAGCCAUUUAUAUUUUCUAUUUUUUUCCUUUUUUUUUUUGAAUUUUUAAUAGAGAAGUUGUCCUUUCAUUUUUUUGUCCAUUGAAAUCUUUCCAUUUGCUUUGGACAAAAUUUAGCUGUCUUCGCAACUAAUAUAAUUACUGUUUGUUUAACAUGGUGUACCUUAAUUUUAUCCCCUUGUGCGGUAUUUUUUUAUCGCUAAUUAUUCUCUAUCAUUAGGGGUAACCCAACA